ACUAGGGUUGUUGUCGUUGUCACCUGGUCUCUGGUUGAAACAUUGGCCUGAACAAAUUAGAAGGAAAAAAAAAACAACUUCUUUAAAAGUCAUCAUUUCAUAAAUCUGCUGCGCCUUCCUUUGAACUGCAGCUAUGGUUCUGGAGGAGAACGACAACGACUCUGUCUUUGAGCCUCACAUCACAGAAGAGCACGUUGAAACUCAGUACGGGGACUUCCACUGCAUUAUGACAGGGACCGUGAAACCAAACCGUCCCGUCAUCAUGACCUUACCUGAUGUCGGGCUGAACCACAAAUCCUGUUAUGAGUCCCUGUUCCACCAUGAAGACAUGCAUGAAAUUGUCAGACAUUUGCCKGUUUGUCACGUCGAAGCACCGGGACAACACGAGGGAGCUAAAACUCUGCCUGCUGCGUUCACAUAUCCUUCCAUGGAGCAGCUCUCCGAGGCGCUGCCUGAUGUCCUCAAACACUUUGGGCUGCGCAGUGUUGUCGGUGUGGGAGUCGGUGCAGGAGCAUACAUCCUGGCCAGAUUUGCUCUGGAUCACCCUGAUCUGGUGGACGGGUUGGUUCUGUUCAACAUUAACCCUAAUGCUGAAAGCAUCAUAGACACUGUUGCAAACAAGAUUACUGACUGGACCCACACGCUCCCAGACAAAAUCCUCACACACUUGUUUGGAAAGGACGAGCUCCAGACAAACCAUGAGCUUGUGGCCACGUAUCGCCACUACRUCACAGCCACGAUGAACCAGUCCAACGUGAGUCUGUUCUUACGCUCUUACAACAGCCGCGGUGCUCUGGAGAUGGAGAGGCCUGCUCUUGGUGCCGGACACGCCCACGYCAAGACCCUCACGUGCUCGACACUUCUGGUUGUGGGAGAUAAUUCUCCUGCUGUGGAAGCUGUGGUCGAAUGCAACUGUAAACUCAACCCCACAAAGACCACAUUUCUCAAGAUGGCAGACUGUGGAGGACUUCCUCAGGUGGAUCAGCCAGCUAAAGUGAUCGAAGCCCUCAAAUAUUUUAUCCAAGGCAUGGGACACUUGUCCAGUGCCAGUAUGACCAGACUCCGCUCCAGGACCGGCUCCGGCUCCAGCACAGCGUCACACGAAGGYCCUCGGAGCCGUGCACACACCGAUGAGCAGCAGCGUGGCCGGACACACUCACACGGCACUGAGAAGCACGGACACACACACACUGACGUCUCCACGGAGAAUAAUUCCACAGUUAAACAGAGUGUCUCAAAGUCCACUGAGGUGGCCUGCUGAGGGGCACACAGCACUUAACUCAGACAAUACCUCAUUCCCAUCUAAACACAUCUAUCUACAAUUAUCAUUUCUUUUAUUAUUUAGUCCCUUUAUUUCUUAUCUUCUCUGCUACAAGUGAAUUAUUUCCUCUAGCCAACAUUUUUCUAUUUUCUGCUCAGUUUUUCCCUCUUCAACUUCUGCCUGUCACCCCUUCUGUCACUGAACUUGUAGGUUUUAGCUGUAAGUUUUCUCUUUUUUUCCCCCACAUUUUUCAUGAAGUAAACACAUCGAUAGUUGUAAAUGUACAGAAGUAAUAUGAUAGGGGAGUAAUGCUGCAUAACUGUAGGAAUGUGCUCACUGUGUGUUUUAGACAACUUUGUCUUUUACAAAAUGCUUCAGAUGCAGUUACAUUUUUUAGCACUUUAUGCACCUUUGUGUUGAGCAUCAUCAAUCACAAUUUAAUAAAUAUUCCUCUAAAUAAAGUUUAAAUAAAGUACUUUAUAUUUC